AUGGAGAAUACUCAUCAAGCUCAUCAAGAAGUUCCAAUUGAGACUAUUGAAGAUGAUGACUUUUUUGAUGUUCUGAUCAUUGGUGGAGGUCCACAUGCACUUGGACUAGCUGCUCGUUUACGCGAACCAUUUCCAGCUUCUCUAUACACAGAUCUAGAACAUUCAAAACUAUCAUUUCUAAGAACUCGUAGAAAAAGCCAAUCAAUCAACUUAGGCAGAAGUGAUACUGAUGGAAUACAUACUAAAAUCUUAGCCUUGGACUCAAAUGCCUCUGAAGGUUGGUUAGGUAGAUGGAAUGGGUUUUUCAAUCACCUUCAAAUUCCACAUUUACGAUCUCCUAUGUUCUUCCAUCCUGGUCCCUCCGACGUGGAUGGACUAGAAGCCUUUGCCAAGAAAACCGGUGCAGAGUCAGCUUGCGCUACCUCGAACGGAGUCGAGAAUACAAAACCUACAGUAGGACAAUCUGAAAAAGGUGGUGAUAGAAAAUGUAGAAGAUCACGAGCGCUUUUAGGUCGAGCAGUGAAUGAGCGAGAAAGAGCUUCUUAUUUUCGACCUACCACUGAUCUUUUUCAGAAAUUUUGUCAAAUCGAAUUAAUCAAACGAUAUAAUUUAGGAGAAGUGAUCAAGCACGACACUGUCACUGGAAUACAUUACUCUAUACUCCAUGUUAAGACUGAAGGAAGAGGAUUCGGUUUCACCGUUACAACUUCGAAGGGAAAGAAAUAUGGAGCUAGAUUUGUCGUCAUGUCGAUUGGCCCUCAAGAAUUUCCAAUCGUACCCUCUUGCUUAAUUCCUAGUCAAAGUAUCACUGACUCUCAUCACGGAGACGGUUGGUGUCAUUCUUUGUGGUUUUCGAAAGGAGGAAAUAAUGAGUUCAAAGCUUCUGUCAAGCAGAGUUCGAUUGACGGAGGUAGUAUCGUGGUGAUUGGAGGAGGAUACGAGAGAGCCAGAAAAGUAAUACUAAUAUGUCGUGGCUAUUUGAAAACCAAGCACUACGAUUUUCCACUCUCCUGGGUCACCAAAUAUAGCAAUCUAGAAAAAAUGAACUUCUGGCAAGAAGAUUGUAGAGAAGCUCGAUUGAACAUGGUUCGUAAUGCUCGAAAUGGUGGAUCUGUUAAUCCUUCAACACUUUUUCAAAUCAAAAGACGCGUUGCCGAAGGUCGACUCAAGGUUCUUUUGCAUACUACUGUACAAACUGCUACCCGAGAUAAAUCAACUGGAACUUGGUCGCUGAAGUUGAGGACUGAAUCACCUGAAGCUUCGGAACCCGUCUUUGAACAAAUGGAAGACGUGCGGUUUAUUGUUGCAUCAACUGGCGGAAAGUUGAAUUUUUGCAAGAUCCCUUUUCUUCAACCACUUCUGCAGCAAAUGAGAAACACUGAACUCGAUCAGCCCAAUAACUCGUCGAACCAAAUACCUCCAAUAAUCCAAGGUCUACCACAUUUAACAGAGAGUUUACAGUGGGGCGAACAAUUACCUCUAUUUGUCAUGGGGGGUUACGCGGCGUUGGAACUUGGUCCAGAUGCCGGUAACUUGUCAGGUUCAAGGAGUGGAGCUGAGCGUGUUGGGUCCAAGUUAAAUGAGUUACUUGAAGAAGAAUGGCCACUCGACUCCAAUGCAAUUAACCCUGAGCCCAACGACAAAGCUUUGCAUCAUUCAAACAAGGUAUCCUAUGUAAAGCGAGCGCUAAAACGGCAAAAUAAGAUUCACAUGGGCGCUCGUGAUCGUCGAGCUGGUAAUAUUGGUGGAUGGUUUGACAGUCUGAAGGAAAUCGAAGCUUGA